AUGGUUGCGAUAAUACCCAUUUGGAAUUUCACUGGAACAGAGGAUCACCACCUCACACUACAUAUUGGCGAUACUGUCCACAUCCUACAAAUCAGUGAAGGAUGGUACAAAGGAUAUACUCUGAAGAACAGGUCUUUCCGGGGAAUAUUUCCUACAUCUGUUAUCAGACUAAAGAGUGCCACAGUGGAAAUAAAUGGAACUGUGGAAAAUAUUAUUUCCAUGGAAAUGCCAAUGGUUCAGGAGAUCACUACCACUCUAAGAGAAUGGUCUACCAUCUGGAAGCAGCUCUACGUGGCAGGCCAAAAGGAGAAGUUUCAAAUGGUUGGAGGAAUGAUGUAUGAACUAAUGGAAAGAAGAUCCCAACUUCUCUCUGGCACUUUACCAAAGGAUGAGCUACAGGAGCUGAAGAAAGAGGUCACAAGGAAAAUGGAUUAUGGUAACAGGAUGCUGGAACUGGAUCUGGUUGUUAGAAAUGAAGAUGGAAAUCUCCUGUGUCCUGAUACAACAAGUGUAAUCAGUCUGUUCAAAGCUCACAAAGAGGCCACAAAUCAGAUCUCAGAAUGCAUUCAGGAAGAAACGUACAACAGCCAAAGUGAGUAUAGCAGGAUUGCCCGUUUUGCCUCAUCACCAACUUAUAGCUUCUACAUUUCUGUUCGGAAUUUUGUCUGCAAAAUCGGUGAAGAAGCAGAACUUUUCAUGUCUCUCUACGAUCCUAAUAAACAAAAAAUUAUAAGUGAGAACUACCUUAUUCGCUGGGCAAGCACAGGUGUUCCACAAGAGAUAGAUAUGCUAAACAACUUGAAGACAGUGUUUACUGAUUUGGGAACAAAAGACCUGAACAGAGAGAAGAUCUACUUGGUGUGCCAGAUAAUACGCAUGGGACGGAUGGACCUCAAAGAAACCAACACAAAAAAACACACAAUUGGGUUGCGAAGACCAUUUGGGGUAUCAGUUAUGGAUAUAACUGAAAUAAUUAAAGGUAAAGCUGACAGUGAUGAAGAAAAACAGCACUUUAUUCCAUUUCAACAGGUUGUAGCCGAAAAUGAUUUUCUUCCUAACCUAAUAAAGAAAGCUAUUGAAGUCAAGGAUAUUAAUCACAAGGGACAAGGACUCUGGGUUUCCAUGAAGAUGCUGUGUGGAGAUCUCAAUCAAAUUAGGAAAGAUCACCCCCAUCUAGUGGACAGGAGUACUGUUGUAGCUAGGAAACUGGGAUUCCCCGAAAUCAUCAUGCCAGGUGACAUGAGAAAUGACAUUUACGUUACGCUGGUCCAGGGGGAGUUUGAUAAGUGCAACAAAACCACCCAGAAAAAUGUGGAAGUAACAAUGUGUGUCUGUGAUCAGGAAGGGAAUAUAAUCCCGAAUGUGAUUUUCCAGGGAGCUGGAGAUAAACCUGUCAGCGAAUACCGUUCAGCUGUUUAUUAUCAGUUACGGCAUCAGAGAUGGCUGGAGACCGUAAAGAUCGCAGUUCCCAUUGAAGAUGUUCACAAAAGCCAUAUGAGAUUCACAUUUAAGCACAGAUCUUCUGUUGAUUCUAAAGACAAAGGUGAGAAGAUCUUUGCUAUGGCAUUUGUGAAGUUGCUGAGGCCAGAUGGUACAACUCUAAGAGACGGAGAGCAUGACCUUAUAUUGUAUAAGGGUGACAAUAGAAAGCUGGAAGAUGCAAAUGUGUAUCUACAUUUACCAUCUACAAAGCAACUGGCAGCUGAACAGAGGUCCCAAUCUAUAAAAGGAAACUUUGGAGGUGGCUUAUCUGUCUGUCCCAAGGAUAACUUUCAGAUAUCUACACUGGUUUGUUCUACAAAGCUUACACAAAAUAUUGAUCUGCUUGGUCUACUGAAGUGGCGUUCACAUCCCAAUCGCCUCCAAGAGAAUCUCAAGAAACUGAUGAAAGUGGAUGGAGGAGAAGUGGUCAAGUUUCUGCAAGACACACUUGAUGCUCUGUUCACCAUAAUGAUGGAAUAUGCUGAAACAGAUGAAUAUGACACUCUGGUUUUUGAUGCUCUGAUAUUUAUCGUUGCACUGAUUGCUGAUCGGAAGUUCCAGCAUUUCAAUGCCAUUUUGGAAGCAUAUAUUCAGCAACACUUCAGUGCCACCCUGGCAUACAAAAAACUGCUUACUGUUUUGACACGAUAUUUAGAAGUUGUAACCUGUGGCGAACAAUGUGAGACUCCACUGCGUAUAUUUAAAGCUCUUGAGUACAUCUUCAAGUUCAUUGUGAGAUCCAGACUUCUUUAUUCUCAGCUUUAUGAAGGUAAAGGACGGGAAGAGUUCAAAGAAUCUCUAAGAGCCUUCUUUGAGACAGUUAACAAGAUGAUGAAGUCUACACUGGAGAAUGCCACCCUAUUGUCCCAGGGAGCAGCACUGCGCUACAUUCCAGCAGUUAUACAAGAUGUGGCCAAAAUCUUUGACCGUUCUCUUCUCAGUGAAUUGUUAAGAGAUUUUAUUCAAAAUCUUCCUGAUGAUCGUCUCAUCAAACAAAAGCUCCAGUCCAUGUCUGCCAUAGUCAACAGUGUGCUCUUCCAGAAAAAGGAAUGUAGAGAUAUCCUGCUACCUGUAAUGGCAGAUAUGUUGAAAGACCUGAUUGCAAAGGGAGAGGAGGAGGAGCCCUGCAUUGAUCUAGUAAGCAAUAUCUUAGAGGUCCUCUUCAAAUCUAAAAAGGCAGAAGACAUGAAGCACAUUGGACUGAUCCUGGAAAAACUUCUUCGUACUAUCAAUCAAAGAGUAAUUAUUCUUGGAAGAGAGCACGAUUUCAGUGUAAGACUAGCCACUUCUACAGUAACACCUAUAAAGUCUGGCAUAGAACUAGGGUUGGGAGACUGGCAUAAAGGUUAA